GAGCCCCUCAAGAGUGCAUCCAAAAAUAAAUACUCGAAUUAUCGAGCCACUGAAAGGUACAGGAACUCAGAAAACACAUCACCGAAAAAAUAAUAAUCAAAAGACAAGUCCCAAAGACCCAAUAAUUUCUAGGAAUCCUUUUGCUCGAUUCUCAAGCUUUUAUCGAUUUGAUUUUCUCGCUCUCACUUGUUUUUGGCUUCAAAUUUUGUUUCUUGAAUAGAACCACAACAGCCUCAUGAUUUGUAACAAAAGUUCGGCCAACGCCGUUGGUGGCAAAACUGCUAGAGCCUGUGAUAGUUGUAUAAAAAAGCGUGCUAGAUGGUACUGUGCUGCUGAUGAUGCAUUUCUUUGCCAAGCCUGUGACUCUUCAGUGCACUCUGCGAACCCAUUAGCACGUAGACAUGAAAGGGUUCGCUUAAAGACUGCAUCACUUAAAUCUUUGGACCUAUGUUCAAAGGAGAAUUCUGUGCCAUCAUGGCAUGGAGGGUUCACUAGAAAAGCCAGGACACCAAGACAUGGCAAGCCAGUGUCCCAAUCAAAAAUUGCAGAAACGAUAAGGAAUAUUCCAAUUCCACUAGUGCCAGAAGUGGGUUCAGAUGAAAUAUCGCAUGAAGAUAAUGAAGAAGAGCAUCUACUUUACAGGGUUCCAAUCUUUGACCCUUCUGUUGCUGAUUUAUGUGCUUCAACAACAAUCUCAAAUGAAGCGCCAGCUGGUGGUAAUGGUUGUACUGAUCAAAGAGUUGCUGAUUCUAAUGGAGUUGAAUCAAAGAUUUUGAUAGGUGCUAUUGAAAGGAGAGAUGUUGAGAGCUUGCCUGGAUUUCUUCCAUCUGAUACGGAUCUUGCAGAGUUUGCAGCUGAUAUGGAGAGUUUGCUUGGCAGGGGUCUUGAAAAUGAGUCUUUUGGGAUGGAAGAGCUGGGACUUAUGGAUUGUAAAGAAGAAAAGGAGUUCGAGGUGAAAGGGUUUCCAUUGUGGAACGGAAAGGUGAAGGUUGAAGAUGAAGAGAAUGCAGGCGUGGAAAGAAAAGCUGUUAGGAAAUGUCAUGCUGGUAUUGAGACUGGCACGGCAAAAGAGCCGAUUUUUGAGUUGAGCUUUGACUUUAACUCUCCUGCAACUUGUGGAGAGGAAGAUGAGAAGGUAGGGAUUGAAGAGGGAGACUUGAAGAACACCAGGGGAGAAUAUGAAGAUGAUGACGGUGCAAAGAGGAAGAUACUGCUGAGUCUGGAUUAUGAGGCUGUCAUGACUGCUUGGGCAAGCCAAGGGUCUCCUUGGACCAAUGGUAACAGGCCAGAUUUCGACCCUGAUGAAUGUUGGCCUGACUGCAUGGGUAUUUGUGGAGCCCAGCUUCAUCAUCCUUAUGGAGAUAUGAUCAGUGGACUAGGGGCACACCCUGCAAUGAUGGAUGGAGGGCGAGAGGCACGAGUAUCCAGGUAUAGAGAGAAGCGGAGAACAAGAUUGUUCUCCAAGAAAAUAAGAUACGAGGUCAGGAAAUUGAAUGCAGAGAAGAGACCCAGGAUGAAAGGGAGAUUUGUUAAGAGGACAACCUUGGCAGGAAAAUAAACAUGGACUGCUCCAGCGAGGUUCCAGUUUGCCUGCACGAGGUAGUGCGACCGACGCUGAUAAGCACAUCACAUAGGACUUCUGAUCGAGGGUCUUCGCAGAUUUAAUAAGUUUUUGUGCUGUAGUAGAGCUUUGACAAUUGGUAACUUUGUAUAGGUACCCUUCCUUCCCGCUAACUUUUGCUUCGCAGAGGAAAAUUUUUUCAUGUGGAUUGUUCAGUCAUUAUGAGAACUUUUCUCGAGUU